ACCAUUUGUUUGCCAUCAUAUUGACAAACGGUUCAAGCCUUUCUAUCGGCCGUGACAAACUUUCUUUGUUCUUUUCUGUUGCGCAGCUUCUUUCAAUAAGUUGCCAAGAAUUUAUUGCUGCACGCUCCCGUCCUUACCUACCUGCUUAAUACUGGGUUUGCUGCCUUGCGGCGCCCUUGCUUUUCUCCUUCCCCCUACGCCGACUUUUUUUUCUCCCUUCUUCAACAUCGCCUUUCCCCCCUCAACAACGCUACAGCCUGCGAUUGAGCCAUUCAUCGCCAACCAACGCACACACCAUUUCUGACUUGUUUGUCUCUUUUAUAUUUCAAUAGACAAAACCACACGACAUGGCUACCACUGCGAUGGAUUACGAGGCUGCCAAUGGCGACCGGUACGAAGAUGAGGCUCCUCGAUACGAGCGCGACAACCGAAGCGCCUCGCCUCGACCUCGUGAUGACAAUGAAGGUGGCCGCCGUCGCUCCGCCUCGCCCGGUGGUCAUGGCGACAGCAAUAUGAAGGACGUAUCUGCUCCUCGUGACGACGAUGACGGUGCUAUCAACCCUGGCUCCAACCUGUUCGUUACCGGCAUCCACCCCAAGCUGUCCGAAGCUGAGGUCUCCAAGAUGUUCGAGAAGUAUGGCGACGUUGAAAAAUGCCAGAUCAUGCGAGACCCCCACACAAAGGAGUCUCGUGGAUUUGGCUUUGUCAAGAUGGUUACAUCCGAUCAGGCCGAGGCCGCUAAGGAGGGCCUGCAGGGCGAGCAGAUUGAGGGCCGUACCUUGAGCAUCGAGAAGGCACGCAGAGCCCGUCCUCGUACCCCGACACCCGGCAAGUACUUUGGGCCGCCCAAGCGAGAGCCUCGCGCUGGAGGUGGACGUUACGAAGAUCGCCGACGUGGCGGUUACGGCGGCGGCGGCGGUUACGGUCGCGAUGAUUCCUACCGCUACCGUGGCUACGAACGCAACUACGAGCGAAGAUACGAAGAGCGUGGAGGCGGUUACGGUGGUAGCAGCGGCGGCGGCGGUGGUGGCCGUGACUACGAUCGCAGCUACCGUGACGAACGUCGCUACGAUGACCGAGGUGGCGGUUAUGGCGGCCGCGACUACGACCGAGGCUACGAACGCCGCGACCGCGACGAGGGCUAUGGCCGAGACCGCUACGGCGGAGGUGGCCGCGAGGACCGUGACCGCUACCCUCCCCGUGGAGGCCCCGGUGGCUCUGGCUACGAGCGUGGUGGUGAUCGAUACGAGCGUGGAGGCGACCGAGACGCUGCGAGAAGCCGUGACCCAGCUGCCGGUGCUGGAGGAGCUGGCUACGGCGAGUCUGCCUCUCGAUCUGAGACACGCGACGCUUAUGGAGGCGCCCCCGACCGAAGCAUUCAGUAAAUGCAUCGACGACGCUUACCACGGACGAUCUGACUGAAUAUCGGUCAUCGUGAUCUUUUCUCCUUUCCUCCACUAACACACCUGAUUUGCUUGCUCAACUUCUUCUGUUAAUUGUCGUUUUUCGUUAAUUUCUUUAUGUUCAUGGACUACAGCAGGCUGAACCUGCCUCACAGGAGUUGAGUGUGAUUUGCGACAGUAAUGGGAUUGGAAUCAAAAAUGGGUACUCGGCCUGCGUCACUUGAGUUUUCUUAUUGCUGGUCGGUUUUGCGACAAGGUCAUGGACCAAAUAUGGCAGCUUCCGGAUCAUUGCAAAUCAAACACUUCAUCAGUCAUCCAUCGCGUCUUCGACGACUUUAUGAUAGCUUUUGGCAGCACAACAUCAACCAGAUGUCGACUCCGGCCUAAUCGGUGAAUCCACAUGGACUAUUAAACUCAACCUCGAAUGCGACCUUGCGACUCAACUGCCCGUGCUGUCCUCGUAUCACAUAAUACUAUGGGGGUACACGAGACGAUGAUUUGAGGCCUUGCCUGAUGCAAGCAUCGCCUCUGGCUACCGUUUGACUGACAUUACUUUUUGAUCCAGAAACAUGUGUAAAUGUUUCCCUUUACGCCAACCACCCAACACAUCGCUGUAAACAACUUGACGCCUACAAUUGCAAAACAGAUAAAGUCACGGUCGUUGGGCUUGCAACUGGGGCUUUGAUAAGAUACGCUUCCAAUUAGCAAUUGCACGAUAUGCGAAACAUUUAGCAUUCAGAACUGUCUCGCCAUAAUCAACCUUGCUAAGCUGGGCCAUACCAUCGAAUAAUACCGGUCUCGCCCUUUGAACAGAAUCAAUUUCGGAGGCUUAGGCUUUGCAUAUUUAUAGUGGUAAGGGCUGUAAGUUGAGAUGUUACUGACUUGGCUGCAGGGAGACCCUUUGAGCACUCCCUGAAUAACAUGCACUUGGCACCUAAGAAAAUGUCUUGGGGUUAUUAGAACCGACUGUUUCAGCGUAAAGGGAACUAAGGCUUGAUCGGAGCCCACGCUCUUAAUACGCGAUGGGCGAAAUGGAGUUGCACUGACUGUCCUAGCCCCCAACGCAUUUGCUUACGGCUUCUAGGGGCGACCCAUGAAGAAUGUAGCGGUAGCAUGAAGCAUCAAGUAAUGCCACCACUUGGUACAUCAGGUGCUAUGCAUGCCGAACCAGGAGAGUGAGACAUUGGCCACGGCACAUACUACUCCCUGGAGAAUUAUUCGCACUGUCUCGUACAUUAAUACAUUAAUUAAUACAUUCUGUUGAAUGCUUAUUGUCCAUGCCCCAUUUUGCCAACGUUGUUAAUUUAUGGUCUAAUCGUAUUGUAUUGAGUAAUUAUUGUAUUCCGUCUAUUUUGGGGUAUCGCUUAUAGCAAGGAGAUGUUCAAAUUCGAUGGCUUCCUCGAGCUUAGCUAAACGUCUUCAAACUCGAUCUCAUCGCUAUCCUCUCCAUCGUCUUCUUCCUUCUUCACCUCGUGUUCGAUCUUCACUCGCUUGGCAGGCACGUCCUCGAAUUCAUCUUCAUCAUCAUCAUCGUCUUCCUCUGACUCUACCUGGGCUUGUUUGGCCGCUUGUUCAGCCUUGAUCAUUUCAAAUAUGUCGUCUAUUUGAGCGUUGGCUGCCGGCGCAGCAGCUGAUUCUGAAUCCUUGCCCUCUUUCUUAAUAAUAGGGGUGGUGCCAGCAGCAGGGGCGCUUGCUGAGAAAGAUUCGCCAGUAACCGUGCUGUUGGACAUCCAUGAUGGCAACGCAUUUUGUUUCGCAAUUUGUUCUUUUCGCGCCUGCUCUGCUGCUUUCUCGGCUUCUGUGAGUCCAUCUGAUGUUGAAAUGUUGACUGCGAUAGAUUGCGGCCCUGUGUUGGCCAAGCCCUUGACUGCCAUGGGCCGGUUCGCGCCGGCGUCUGCUGCAAUUGUUUGGGCCCGUUGGUGUGUCUCGUCACGCUUGACUGGGCGAGCUUUGGCAAGCGCACGAUCAAAGUCGCACUCGUUGAUGUGCACCGCAUCGAUUUUGGGUAGAAGUUCGCUUAUAAAUUUGAAUUGGUCGUUGAGUCGCGUAGACUGCUCGUGUCCAGUGGAUGUUCGAUCGGCUUCGAAGGUGAGAACAUGAGAGCAUCGAUGGCAUAGAAAUCCCUGCGGGCCGGCGUUGUCCAAGACCUCCAUGGCUGUCCACUCUGCUUUGCAAUGGGAACAAAAGUACUCUUUCUUUUCACUCGCCACUUGGGUGGUUCCCUGCACUUCUUUGUCGAUGGUAUAGACACGCCAUUUUAUUGCGUCGAUUGUGCUGCGGUAAUCAAUAUAGUACCAUGUUCGGUUGCUCGGUCGGGGGUUGCCUUCUCGUAAUUCGGAUCGUGUAUGCCUGCGCAGGUCUUUAAUCAGCAAGUAAAUCGAUGUUUGAGCAUGUGUUAACUUACACGACUAAGAAUCUGUCUUCGCGCAGUUUACCGCAAAUUUUGUGGAGGUCCUUUGUGUUGAUAGACAUCAGGUAUGCCAAAUCAUCGUCUCGAAGUCUGCCUCCAUGGUUAGCAGUUGGUCUAUCCGUAAAUCAAAUGCGCGCGCGCGUACGCUUCAUGUAGUAUAAGCGCGUCGAUAACGAGUAUUUCGCGGGUCUGGUAGAAGGCCCGCAUGACCGACUUGACUAGUGUGAUCGCAAGAUCCAUGA